UGUAGGCCACACCUACACACACUGCUGCUGACACCCACGGCAGUGUCCACAGUUCAAGCCAUGGUGCAGCGAUGGCUGCCACACACCUUAUGGCUGUCGGUGGUGACCGCGGCUGCGGGGUAUGCGCGCCCUGGACGCUCAGAGAGAAGAAUGCAGGCGGACAGCUUCCAAGAACUGGAAAUUCUGUCCCCAAAUCAGAGCAAUUUGGAGGAGCAAAUGGCUAUCUUGGAGUUGACAAGCGGCUUGAAGGAAAUGGAUAGCCUGAAGAUGUUAUUUGACGGCAAAGCCGAACAUACGAAUGACUUGAAGAACCUGGAUGACUUGGAGGAACACCUGGGCGUUCUGAGGGGCGAGGUCGUGGACAGCUUGGAGGAGCAGGUGGGGGUGACGAUGCAGGAGGUGACUGAGCAGCACCUGGCUGGGUGUCACCUGGUCUUGGCCUCCACCACACAACACCUUCCACUCUUCACCUGGAUUAUCAGGCGACUAGCUGACGGAGGCGGGAAAGGGAGCCUGGUGGUGGUGGCGACAGAGACGCUCUUCUCCCAGGGCCAGACGGCAUCAGACCCCCUCCUGCAGAGGCUGUGGUCGGGCUCUAAGCUCACCUGCCAAGCUCUCAUCCUCCUGCUGGAUGAACCAAACACGGACCUUGCACUCAGCUUGCUGGAUGCUGCUGGGUUGUGGCUUCGUCCUCAGACCAUGGUGGUGGUGGUGGACGGCAGGCCAGGGAUGGCAGCCCCUCUCCAUCACUCCAGCAGGCCAGGGAUGGCAGCUCUUCUCCAUCACGCUAGCCUCCGCAACACCAUCCACACACUCUACAUCUCCAUCAACAGUAUCGACCAUCAUCAGGGCUCUCCAGUUAACAUUUCGCUCAUGAGAAAUCUUAAGGAAGACGGAGUCCCAGCAGCAGCAGCAGCUGGAGAAGGGAGGGGGCGUGUGAGAACGUACCGCCGGUGCCUCUACUGCGACCACGGGCAGGCGGGCAUCCAGCUCCUGCGUCCAGGAAACCUCUUUCCAGAGACUCUGAACAACAUGAUGGGACACACCUUCAAGGUGGUGGCGCUGAGCUACUUCCCGCUGGUGGAGUACAGGAAGGUCACCAACGACCCCAACGAUCUCGUCCAGCCUGAAGACUCCGUUGAUGUCCGAAUGCUUGACAUCAUGGCUCGUCGCUUCAACUUCACGUACGAGAUGAGAGAGCCGUGGGAUGGUUUAUGGGGGACUCCUACGAGUGGCGGCAACUGGUCAGGGAUCGUAGGCACUCUCCAGCACCAGAUGGCAGACUUCUCCAUGGACCUCACACCUUCAGACGCCAGGAUGGAGGUCAUAGACUUCUCCAAGACUUACGUCUACGACCCGCUGAUAAUAAUGUCGCUCCAGCCCAGUCCCUUGCCUCGUUCCUUGGCUGUAACGAGGCCUUUCUCAGGACCAGUGUGGGUGAUGACGGUGGUGUUCACCUUCGCCACGGGCGUGUGUCUGUGGGUGCUGCAGAAGGCGUGGGCGUGGGUGUUAGGGAGGCGGGGCCCAGACCUCCUCUCACGGGUCUUCUACAUCUGGGGCGUCCUACUGGAGAACGAGCCCACCGGCCCGCCCGCCACCAUCAACGGAAAGAUGUUGGUUGGUUGGUGGCUGGUAGGCUGCCUGGUGCUGGCCACCGCCUACCGUUCCUCCCUCGUCGCCCACCUCUCCGUCCAGAGCAAGAACAAGCCCAUCAACACCCUGGCAGACAUUCUCAACCAGAAGGGCUGGUCCUGGGGAGCUCGACUCAUGAAGGGAACAACAUUCCUCUAUUUCAACCAAAGUACCGAUCCGGUCCUCAUCAAAAUACACCAGAAUUAUGAGAUUUUUAGUGACAGAGAAGAAGCAACGAAGCGGGUGCUAGCCGGCCGCUUCGCCUACAUAGCCUUCAAGACGGACAUCUUGUGUGACAUUGCCCCGCUCUACGUGGACAAGUACGGCAACACCCCUCUCUACUUCAGCACCACAGAGUAUAACAUCUUCGGCAAGGUAUCUAAGGUAGCCUACCCUACCCCUUCAGGCAAGGUGUCUAAGGUAGCCUACCCUACCCCUUCAGGCAAGGUGUCUAAGGUAGCCUACCCUACCCCUUCAGGCAAGGUAUCUAAGGUAGCCUACCCUACCCCUUCAGGCAAGGUGUCUAAGGUAGCCUACCCUACCCCUUCAGGCAAGGUGUCUAAGGUAGCCUACCCUACCCCUUCAGGCAAGGUGUCUAGCCUACCCUACCCUUCAGGCAAGGUGUCUAGCCUACCCUACCCUUCAGGCAAGGUGUCUUAA